UCAGAUCGCGUCGAUUCCCUCCUUUCUUCCCCGCCCUGGUGAGGUACCGGAACUCAGAAGGGCCGGGCCCACGGCCCCGCCUCCGAUGCGACUAACGACUGGAGGGCUGGGGUGGUAGCUCGCACAUGGACCUGGUAAUCGGCCAGCGAGCAGUAUGGAGGCACCCUGGGGGAUCGUCAACGCUGAGCGGAGCUGGUACGUCUCUGCCCAGCAGCCCGAAGAGGCGGAGGCGGAAGAGUUGAGCCCGUUGCUAAGCAACGAACUUUACAGACAGGGAUCCCCAGGUGUUUCAUUUGGUUUUUCUGUGUUUAAUAUGACGAAUGCCAUCAUGGGAAGUGGCAUCCUUGGCUUAGCUUAUGUUAUGGCUCAUACUGGCAUCCUUGGAUUUAGUUUCUUGCUGUUGAUAGUUGCUCUCCUGGCUUCUUACUCAGUUCACCUCCUGCUUAGUAUGUGCAUUCAGACAGCUUGCUUGGUCCAUGAACUAACUUCUUCAUGGUUCUUCAUAUACAUUGAUGCACCUGUCUUCCGUUGUGAAGGCAAAAAGAAUACUUAUUUAGUUAAUGUGGUAAAACUAAAUGAUUUGCAAUGGCUUGAAUACCUGUCUUCAAGAAUUCUAAUAGGAACUAUUUUUAUCCUUUUUGCAGCUAUGUCAUCUUAUCUUUUAAUUAUUAAAACAGAGCUUCCUGCUGCUAUUUCAGAAUUUUUGUCAGGAGACCAUACUGGGUCUUGGUAUCUCGAUGGACAAACACUACUAAUAAUCAUUUGUGUUGGCAUUGUGUUCCCUCUUGCACUUCUUCCUAAAAUAGGCUUUCUUGGCUACACAAGUAGUUUAUCAUUUUUCUUUAUGGUGUUCUUUGCUCUUGUGGUGAUGAUUAAAAAAUGGUCCAUUCCUUGUCCUCUGCCAUUAAAUUAUGUAGGGCAAUACUUCCAGAUUUCAAAUGCUACAGAUGAUUGUAAACCAAAGCUCUUUCAUUUCUCCAAAGAGAGUGUUUAUGCCCUACCUACCAUGGCUUUUUCAUUUCUCUGCCAUACCUCAGUAUUGCCAAUAUACUGUGAACUUCAAAGCCCUUCAAAGAAAAGAAUGCAAAAUGUAACCCACACAGCAAUUGCUUUAAGUUUUCUCAUUUAUUUUAUAUCUGCACUCUUUGGGUACCUCACUUUUUAUGACAAAGUGGCGUCAGAAUUACUGCAAGGUUAUAGCACAUACUUGCCCCAUGAUGUUGUCGUCAUGACUGUGAAGUUAUGCAUACUAUUUGCUGUGCUUUUGACAGUCCCUCUAAUCCACUUCCCUGCAAGGAAAGCUUUAAUGAUGAUGUUUUUCUCCAACUUUCCAUUCUCAUGGAUUCGCCAUUCUUUGAUCACUCUAGCAGUCAAUAUAAUCAUUGUUUUACUUGCAUUAUAUGUUCCUGACAUUAAGAAUGUAUUUGGUAUAAUUGGUUCCAGUACAUCAACGUGUUUGAUUUUUGUAUUCCCAGGACUAUUUUAUCUUAAACUUAGCAGAGAGGAUUUUCUCUCAUGGAAAAAGCUUGGGGCUUUUGUUUUGCUCAUCUUUGGAAUUUUGGUUGGGAAUUUUAGUUUAGCACUAAUCAUUUUUAAUUGGAUUAAUAAAUGAAAGAAAUAUGUUCCUACUUCUUAUGAAGAAUAAUUUACCUCUAUAUGCAAAAAAGGAGUAAUUCUGGAAGGCACCUUGGAUAAAUCCUUUUUAUAUGGGUAAACAUUUUUGUAAACAUUAUUAACAGAAAAGCAGAACAAAAUGGGAGUAGGUAGGGGAAAAUGGGUUUAUAACAGUUUUAAUUAAAAUAAAUUCAAAAUGUUCUUCAAUACA